GCCCGUGCAUCCCGCCCUGAAUCCGUGGUUUGUGUAAUCUUUAUGUUUCUGUCUGUCGCAGCUCGUGCUGUAAGACACUCCUGUUUAGCGUGACAUGUGGCAGGAUUUGUGCGCUGUCUUCUGUAGACCUAGAAACACAGUAUGUCUUCCUUCGGUAGUGACACUUUGACUUUCUUCUAAACCAUAGAUUCGCGGACUAUUUUGUUUUUCCCUUCCUCUGUGGGCGCCACCGCCGAGCGCUCGGCCCUAAGAGACUGCCGUACAACUAGUUUAUACAAAAUUCACAGUGAGAAAAUGAUAAGGUCGAAGGAAGUCGGAAUAUCAAGAAACAUGUCGCCUAGAAGGAUAUCUUCAUGCCGCGGAGUUCGAAACAAAUUUGCAGCGCCAGCACAGUCUAUCCUGGUACUCGCGACUACGUCAACAGCGGCCUUGUUAGUCUGGCUUCCGGUCGCCCACGGAUUCCGGCCGGUGCUGGGGGCGUACGGAGGUUCUUUCUGGGGUGCGGCCGCGACGAGUAGAAGUGGUGUUCCCAAUGCAGCCUUCCUGCGAACGGAGGGGGAUAGUACUAUUAGCCGAGACCAGCAAGGUCUAAUAAUUUCUGGUACAAGUGGCAAGGCCAGCGCACCACGCUCACCCGGCUCAGUAGAACCACCCUCGGACGACGGUGCGCCUAAUGGCGCCGGACCCUCGUCGUCCCUCGUGCGCGCCGCACCUCCCACGACCCCUUGCGUGAUGACGGCGGAUCCGCAGAGCCCGAACUCGCUGCGGACUCCGUUGGCCGCGCAAUCCUACUCCCCCAAUGCGGCCACCGCGGAGGCGGUACCGUGGGGCCGGUUCACGAUGGCUGUAGACAUGUCACGCGGCGGAAUGUUGUGUCUGCCCGUCGAAGUAGUUGAUGGUCGUGGAGGAAGAAGUGCGACUACUAGUACCUCCGAUGAAGAUCCCACUGAUACUAAUCCCCCCGCUCCUGACCACGCGGCCUCCUUCAGCACCAGAGCGACGACUGUGGACGGGGCGGCAGGAUCAUUCGGGGCCGCACAGGAACAGCGCGCGACCAGCUUCGACUCGGGGGACUCCUUCGAAACCUGCGGCAGCGCCUCCUCGACGGGGCGGUCGUGUAGUUGUUGCGCCUGCUGUCCACGGUCCUGUCGCCUGAACCUGUUCGGGAACGGCGGCGGCCGCCGCACCUUCGCUGGUCGUGAGGGUCAACUACAUCAGGUCGGGUUUUUAGACUGCGAGUCCCCACCUCGGCGCCCGGGGGAGCGAGGGUCGCCUGGAUCAAGGGCGUGUUCCACGGCAAGUUUUGGACGACCACCUCCACAGGGAGCGACGUCAUCACCCCACGCGGGAAACACCCUUUCUCCCGCCACAGCGAAGCACCAGGCGCGCCCGCCUCGCCGCAGCGGGUCCGGAAGCGGCAUCUCGCUCCAGCGGACCAACACCGGGACGACGCUGGAAAGCGUGGCGGAGGGAGGUUCGUCGGAGGACGGGUCGGGGCCUGGGGAGUCCCGAUCGCCGCAGCGCCAGAGGUCCGCGGAAGAGGACCACGAGGACCCGCCGAGAUCGCUCGAGGAUCGAUUUCACCUCGGCGUGGAGACGAUAACGGAUAACGACACGGCGGUGCGCCUAAAGAACGCGAAAGAACGGCUGAGGUCUUCCAGCGACCAUCUGCGGAGCAUUCUAGACUGACUAAAAAACUUUCACCGGCGUGUCUGGACGCGCAUGUGAGUGUGUGGACAGCACUGCGGGGCGGCAAAAGAACAAGCAGGAUAUCAUACAUUACACACACUAGGAUCAUGGCUUAGAACUCUCGUAUAAGUAAUUUGGCUUUGACACUGCGAAAAAAGACGUGAAAUAAAUAUCAGCCGUUUAAGAUGAAAACUAUUUCAUGAUCGCGUUUUAAACAUGAAAGGUACAGAUACGAAGAUUUUUGUCUUCUUGGUCGUCGUGCGUGGGUUGGAAGAAGAAGCGAAGCAGCCUUGUGCCCUGGCUCGCGCUUAAGUGACCCGCGAGAGGUGGAG